AGAUCUCCGAAGACAGACAGUCGAUUUUAUUCAGUGAUUCUGAUUGUUCAGUUUUUGUAGUUGUACAGUUUUCGUAUUAGGAAAUAAUUCAAAUAUGGCAUCAGGAGUAACUGUAGCAGAUUCCUGCAAAAAGGUCCAUGAAGAAAUCAAAAGGGACAAAAAACACAGAUUUGCAAUUUUCUAUAUCAAGGAUGGCAAGCAGAUUGAUGUUGAACACAUAGGGGCAAGAAAUGAAGAGUAUGAUGACUUCUUAACUAAACUGCAAGAGGGAGGUGCUAAUGAAUGCCGUUAUGGACUUUUUGAUUUUGAAUACAUGCACCAGUGCCAGGGAACCUCAGAAUCAACCAAGAAACAAAAGUUAUUCCUGAUGUCAUGGUGUCCAGAAACUGCAUCUGUCAAAAAGAAGAUGGUGUAUGCUAGCUCAUUCGAAUAUCUUAAAAAAGCUUUGGUAAUACAGAAAUCUAUCCAAGCGACAGAUUUAGCGGAAGCAAGUAUAACGGCGGUAGAAGAAAAAUUGCGAUCCACUGAUCGUCAGUAACGCCUUUUAUUUUUAUUAUUUUUCUUUUUGUAUCUCUUCGACUGUCUACUCACGCACCGACCUACCGAGGUGUAUUAUUUAUAUAAGUAUUUGAAUAUUUAAUAAAGCUUCAUUUAUAAAUU